AUGCUUCCUGAACAUAUUGCCAUCGUUACCUUUUGCAUGAUCGUUCUUGCCGCCAUGCUCGCAUGGGCUUUCUUCUGGCCUCACAAACGCCACAGAUACGGCAUGAAUGACUCUAGAAAAGCAGCAAAGAAACGCUCGCGUACCGCUGGCCGGUCACAUCACGACGUCGAGAUGCAUCCGAGAAAUUGGAAUAAGGUUGAGAAUCAUUCCAGGAAUGGAAAGACAAGAAAAAUGCCUGUGCAUGAUGAAUCUGAGAAGUACGAGACAUGGAUGUGA